AUGGCGGCUGCCCCUGGCGGCAUGGCGGCUGCCCCUGGCGGCAUGGCGGCUGCCCCUGGCGGCAUGGCGGCUGCCCCUGGCGGCAUGGCGGCUGCCCCUGGCGGCAUGGCGGCUGCCCGCCCCAGCGCGCUGCCAGCGCCUGCCGGCGGGCUGCCCGCACCGCCACAGCGCGGCGCCCCGACGGAGCUGCUCCCGCUGGCAUGGGAGUGCCGCCGCAGGGCGCGGCCGGAGGACUGCCCGGCAUGA